AUGCAGCAAGAAGAAAGUGUCAGUGAAAGUGCUAGUGACAUUGUCGGGUUCCUCCGGGAUAGGUACCCGUCAAUUAGGGCCGAGUACUUAGCGUAUAGGGCCUCCCGUGGCAAUCCCUCCCCCCCCGCGUCCGUCGCCGCGUAUCUCAAACGUGCCUCGGAGGCACGCCGCGCGCCCCCCGCCGCCGCGUUAAGUUCGAGCGCACGUUCCGACGAUGCGACUCACGAAGCGCCUAGCGCUACCCCCACCCCCGCGCCCGCGUCGACUACGUCAUCGCGCGUUUCGUCCGUCGCGACCUCGAUCGUUUCGAGUUCAGGCUCCGAUACCGAAUCGGAGAUGGAUUUCGAAUCCGCGUCAAGCCCUCAGCCUGGAACUUCGGAUGGGUUCCAAACCGUAACGCGCGGUAAAAAGCGUACUCGCGCCGUGGAGUCCCGGAGCUCCACGACGAAGCAAACUAAAUCCGCGACCGCCUCCCGCCCGCAGGUAGUCGUGACACCGGAGUCGGACUCCGCUCGCCGCGUAACCCCGCCGCCGCGUCCCAAGCCCGCGCCCGCUCCUAAAGUAGCUGCCCCGCCCCCGCUGAUACUUCAAGAGAAGACAGCGUGGAAUCGCGUAUCCCAGGCCCUUCAGGCAAAUAAAAUUAACUACACCCAUGCGCGUAACGUCGCGCAUGGGAUUCAGAUUAAGGUCGCAACGCCGGGCGACCAUAGGGCCCUCUCAGCAUACCUCCGAAAGGAGAACAUAGGUUUCCACACCUAUGCUCUUCAGGAGGACCGCGAGCUCCGCGUAGUAAUACGCGGAGUACCGAAAGAACUAGACAUAGACUACGUUAAGGAGGACCUGAUCGCUCAGGCACUCCCUAUAGUUAGUGUGCAUCGGAUGCACAGUGGGCGGGGCAAGCAGCCCUACAACAUGAUACUCGUCGCGUUGGAGCCAACCCCGGAGGCAAAAAAGAAAAUCUCAUGCCUCUCGACAGUUUGCGGCCUAUCCGGGGUCUCCAUCGAAGCCCCCCAUAAACGUGGCACUCCCGGGCAGUGCUACAGAUGCCAGCUUUACGGCCACUCGGCUCGUAAUUGCCACGCGCGCCCCCGCUGCGUAAAGCGGGAACGGAAACCGCACCCGCUCGUGACACGCCCCGCACCCCAGCCCCUGCUCGCACCUCGCCCCGCGCCCGCGUUCCGUCCCCCGCAACCCUCUGCCGCCAACGACUUCGCGCUCGUGCGCGACUUCGUCACCGCGGUGAACUUCGACCGUCUGCGAUCGUUCGCUGACGCUAUCCGUAGGUCGGUAACCCCCGAACAGCGGCUCGCGGCCGCUUUCGAUCACAUGGUCGUUUACGAGUCCGUGUCACAAUCCGUUGUGAUAUCGGCCUCGGUAGCUAUUAGCGGACAGCUGCCGUCUAGUCAGGAACUGCCCUAUAUAACCCCGCCGUCGCCACGACCCAGCGCGGAAACGGCGACACACUUCAGCGGCGAUUCAACAGAUUCCGCAAAGGGAUAUACAAGCAUAUCAGUACGUGAACCAUUAAGCAAUAUCAGAGCUCAGAGCACGAACAAGCCGCCAACACAGCCGCACUACGCCACAGUUUCCGAUGAUUCAGACGAGACGUACGCUGCCAUCGAGGAGGCGAGCGUCGGUGAAGGUUCGGACACGUACGCGCAGAUCGCGCCCGAGCCGCGCCGCCGGGGACUCGCUGCGCUCGACGCCGCGCACACCAGGCGAAGCGCACCACCGGAAAUCGGAGCGACGCCAUCAAACGCUACACAUUCCAGACAAGCUUCGUCGUCGUCGUGCUCGAACUCAACGGGCGCGCUCGGCUCCCCGAAGCCGGAGAAGCGACAGGCCAACUCCCCGCUCCCGCCCCCGCCGCACCCCCCCGCCGUCCAGCCACAGCGACACCACAGGAUAUCCAGCACCGGCGAUCUCCACUUCAACCACGACAAACUUCGCCGCAGCUUAAACGAGAAGCACCAACGGAACAACAGCUGCGUCAGCUCGUCUGAUUUCUACGGAUGCAACUACCCAGUUGACAAGCACCGGUUUAGUUCCGGCGAUCUCGUCCGACCGCUGGUGGCCAGGGAACUCAACUUCGACAUCGACAAACAAGAAAACAAUCCCGACAACUUGUACAACUCUAUCGACGCGCCCGCCUGCAGCGACUAUUCGUCAGCCGAAGCUAAUACCAGCCUGAACUCGGAACGGGUCACGGAGAGUCCCUCGCGUAAUGUCGAGGAAAUGUACGCGAAAGUCAUGAAGAGAGCCAAAGCGAGGGAAGAAGCGAGACGAUCCAAAGAGUUCCAGAACGUCGAAGGUGAACCGCACCCGUCUAAGUUCCGCGGAGAUGAUCCCGGGUACGAAACCAUCGACCGCCAGAAGUCGGUCCACCAUCAGAGCCACGGCUACGAGACCAUAGCGCACAAGGACCGAAACAGUUCACACAAUCAAGACCCCGGCUACGAAACCGUAAAGGAUUUAAAGUUAAAGGAAAAGGCUGGACCGAGUCAUAAUUUAUUGAAACUGAAUCAUUUGGUGCCUGACAGCGGACCGGACAGCAUCGUGAGCAGUGACAUCGGCUACGAACAUAUCUCAAAGGCUGAUGCCAACGCGUCGGACUCUGAUCCUAAUUAUGAAGUUUUGAGAAAUCAACCCCCCACUCCACCGUACGCCACGAUCACGCCUAACUUCAAAAAGCAACCGACGUACUCCACUGUAAAUAAGAAACCCGGGAAAUACAGCAACUGGCCGGCCACUAACGAAGAACCGAACGCAGAACCCAAUUACGAAUCGAUGCCUCACGAAUCUAUUUACAACACGGGCAGUGAAUCUGAUCCUAAUUAUGAGUCCGUUCGACCGAAGGAUUCGAAUUACGAAACUCAGGAUUCGAAUUACGAAUCUUUGAGAUGUAAGGAUCCUAAAUACGAAUCUGUUAGAUCGAGAGAUUCGAAAUAUGACUCGGUCCGAUCCAAAAAAGAUCCAAAUUACGAAAGUGUCAAAUAUUUCGAACUACCCAAAAAAGAUCCACCAUAUGAAAAAGUUGAUAAUGAGGCAACGGACCCUCCUAACAACGUUGAGAGAUCGGAUUCUUCCGCUGGAUACGAAAGGAUAAACGUGCCGACCAACAGGGGUCCAAAAAACAGUAUUAACGGUACCGACGCCACUGUUAGUGAUUACUUUCAGGUUUAAACAAGUCGUCAAGAGUAUUCCAGUACGAAUGGAGAGCUAGUAUAAAUUAUUAUGAAUAUAAAUGUUCUGUAAACAGUAUUCUUGUAUUCGAGAUUGUGUGCUUGAUAUUUAUUUAUUUAGGAGCUUAGAAAAUGUCUAGGUGUAUAAUACCUCAACGAGAGAUAUGACCCAUAAUAUCUUCCCUAGGUAUCUGUGAUAUAAGAAUAUUACGAAAUAUUUUACGUUAUUUUUUAAUGAAAAUUUUAUAUCCAUAUUUGUAGGCAUUGAGUAUUUGUGUUUUGUAAUCUCCAGUUAAAUUAUAAGUGUGUUCAAUUUGUAAGAUUGUUUUACACUUGCCGUUGUAUUAUACAGCAUAAUGUUUAUGCCUAUUAUAAUGUGUACAAAAUGUAGAUUGUGCAUAGUUUUAAGUAAUUUAUGAUUUUAUUUUAAUUAUUUUAUUAUAGAAAGAAUGACGCGCAAAGACAAGUCAAGUAAAUUAACAUCGAAACUCUUGUCUCGUUAUAGUCUGAUCUCUUCUUCAUGAUUUAUAAGACAAUGAACCCGCUAAGGAACAGUCAUAAUUCUAAUACAAAAAUAAUAGUACAAUGUGUUGAAAUUUAUUGUAAACACCAAACAAUAUUAUCUCUCUUGUAAACUGUAAACAGUGAAAUUGAAGUGAAGACUGUUUUUUUGACUUAUUUCUGUUAUUGUUUUUGUUAAAUAGGGUGCAUGUUUUGAUUAAAAAAACAUCACAUCUUUAAAUGUUCAUAAAUAUUGAAUAUGUUCAAACAUACAAGAUAUGUUCAUUUAUGUAAUUAUUUUUUUGAUUAUUGCAUUGUUUGUUAUUUCAACGAACAUUUUAGGUACUAUAAUUGUUUUGCUAUUAACAUGAACUUUAGGUUCAUAACUACCUGAAUACACUACCACUACCCUAAACAUUAGUUUCAAUACACAAUAGUAACAUUUUAUUACCAUUAUUACUAUGUAUCUUAAAGUGAUAUUAAUGAACACCAUUUUAAUAUUAACAUGUAAUUAACUUUUAUAUAAAUUGUUUAACAUUAUCCGUAAAAGCUUUAAGUGUUAACAAUGUUUCUUAAAACAAUUAUGAAAUUAACUAGUACUCUCUGUAACCAUACAUUCCUAUGCCGACAUAUGAUUCCGUAUUUCAUAAAAUAAAGUACACACCUUAAAAUGUUUGAA